UCUUCUUCGUCUCCUUAAAAAUACUUAUCACCAUCAUCACCACGCGCCCCGUUCCUUACACACACAUUAUUAUAGACAAAGACAUAAAAAAACACAAGAAAUUUCUAGUAAUUUCUCUCUUGUCCCUGUCUAUCCGUCUCCGAUUUAGAAUUUCUUCCUAGGGUUUCAGAAAUUGCAUUUUUAGUUCUUCUCACCAUUUUAAUCGAUGGAUAUAUCACUUAUUAAUCUAUUUUUUCUGAAAUUAUUCCUUCAAAAUUAGGUUUUAGGUCUGUUUCAUUUCGCAAUUGAUGUGAAUUUGGACGAUGAUGGAGAACGGUGGCUAUGAAGGCAAAUUAUUGGUGAAUAAGAUGUCCGGAUUAUCUUUGGGUGAUUCAGCUGAAAAUAGCAACAACGGAAGCACUUCCGGUGCUGCUGUUACGAACAAUAACAAUAACAAUAAUAAUGAUAGCUUGUUUCAGGUUAUGAAAGCUGUAGAAGCUGCCGAGGCGACAAUUCGACAACAGGUAGAAGAGAACACCCGAUUAAGGACUGAACUACAGAGGAAAGUUCAGGAACUUGAAAAAUAUAAAAUAGAUGGAUCAGAGGACCAAAGAUCUCAUCCUCCGAAUGAGCGGGGUCGUGGUCCUUACAAAGUUCGUCAAUCAGCUUCUUCUGUUGGUGACCUUGAAGAUAAAGUUACAAGCAUCAGCACUACUGCUGCUGUAGAUCCACCCAGUUCACUCGUUCUCCACCAAGAUUCGAGGUAUAAUAAUGAGGAUCCUUCCAUAAAGAGUCGCAUGGAAAGCCACUCUAUCAGCAGCAAGAUAAACGGGACAUUGAAGGUACUUCCUGGAUCACAGACACCUGUAGAUACUGCCGGUUUCUCUCAGUUCUCUUCACCAUCUACAACAUCGCUCUCUCCAAGGAGGUAUCAUAGUGAAGGAGAUGAUUCACAACUCAAUUUGUCUGGACAUGGGCUAAUGCAAAUGGCUGAAGUAAAUAACUCGAGUGGCCUUUGGAAACAGGAUUUUAGUCUCAAGAUUAGGGAUCAUGAAGAAGAGAUUUUGCAGUUACGGAAACAUCUUGCUGACUAUUCUGUGAAGGAAUCACAAAUACGCAACGAAAAAUCUGUCCUCGAAAAGCGCAUUGCUUAUAUGCGUCUGGCCUUUGAUCAGCAGCAGCAGGACCUUGUAGAUGCUGCAUCAAAAGCGCUCUCAUAUAGACAAGACAUAAUUGAAGAAAAUAUUCGUUUGACAUAUGAAUUGCAGGCUGCGCAGCAAGAAAGAUCAACAUUUGUGUCAUCUUUGCUGCCUCUUCUUGCCGAGUAUUCUUUGCAGCCACCAGUUCCAGACGCUCAGUCGAUUGUUAGCAAUGUUAGGGUUCUAUUCAGACAUCUCCAAGAGAAGCUCCUUCAAACUGAGUCUAAACUCAAGGAAUCCCAGUAUCAAUUGGCGCCUUGGCGUUCAGAUGUGAAUCAAUCAAAUGCUGCGUCUCAGUCACCUUCUCAUUCCACUGGUGUAGAAUUGAACAAAAAUGGACUUGAAUUGGUGUCACAGCCAACGUAUGCCCAUGGAAAUAUUCCAAUGGCUUCUCCUGACACGCAGACAACUGAAUGGGAUUUACUGAGUCAUCAUCAGAGGCGUAUGGGUAGUGCUAGUGCAAAUAAUAUGGAAGCAGAUGAUGUGGGGAGACAUUCACCUCUUGCAAGCAGGAACCCUGUGGUUCAUGAUGCACCGGGACAGUUUGCAGGUUCCGGGGCUGAUGCACAUGUACAUUAUGGCGAAGAAACCUCUAGUAAACAAGUCAAAUUCCGUGACCCUGUUAGCAACAAUGAAAUCGAUGAUCUGGAUGGAGAUGGACAACAAAAUGAGAGAGAACCUUCUGCUAACUGGGGAAUCACUCCCCUUGAUGAUACUAGCUCUUCUUAUACACCUUACCUACCGCCUGUUCUUGAAGAAACACCUUCUUCCUUUUCAGAGGGGGAGGAUCCAUUGCCAGCAAUUCAGGAUCUGCAAAUAUCAGGCGAAGCAUUUCCUGGACGAGAACUCAAGGCAUGUGGGUACUCUAUCCAUGGAACAACCAGUUGUAAUUUUGAGUGGGUACGGCAUUUGGAAGAUGGAUCUGUUGAAUAUAUUGAUGGGGCAAAACAACCAAAUUAUCUUGUCACUGCUGAUGAUGUUAAUACUCACCUUGCUAUAGAAGUCCAGCCUCUAGAUGACAGGAAGCGCAAGGGAGAGCUUGUAAAGGUGUUUGCAAAUGAGCACAGAAAAAUAGUUUGUGAUCCUGAAAUGCAGACCCAUAUUGAGAGAACUCUUUAUAGUGGUCAUAUUUCGUAUAGAGUAUCCUUAUCGUCCGGAUAUAUUAGCAUAUGGGAACCAGCUACUUUAACAAUUAAGCGAGACGGUUACAGUAUCAAGUGCAGUGGAUCCAGUGGUGUUGUAGCCAAUGAGAAGUUUUCUCCAAACACAAUUGUUUCAAUCCCAUAUGCACAGCCUACAGAACUUAUCGUUACCAGUUCUAAUAGUGUUCAGCAUCUCUUACGUGCUGAAGAUCACUCAAUGGAUAUCAGCUGUUCAAGAGACACCAUUGUGAUCACCUUGAGAUUGUUUAUCAUAAGGGCUAUUGAAAGAAGGAAAGGAAAGAAAAAGAGUCUAUUCUUUCACAAGUGAAGGACAUUUUUUAAACGGUCCAGCUUGGGAAUGUAGCAUAUAUGUAUUUGGUGUUGAAGGUACAUCGAGUAGGUCAUUUCGUCUGCGCGUGUAUUGUAUUAAGAAUGCUUGUAAUUUUUUGGGUGUUCCGUUUCAUUGCGUGUAGUUAUAGUCCAUCUAUAGUAAAUUCGAAGUAGCUUAUUCAUAUAGUUGAAGCUCAUGAGUAUAAAGCUUGAAGGUGGUUUUACAAAA